CAAUAUGAAUAUGAUGUAUUUGUGUCGUACAGUGCUGAAGAUGGUAAUUGGGUUUGGGAUCAGCUAGCACCACGCCUGGAAGGUGAAGACAACCUGAAGUUGUGUGUUCACGAAAGAGAUUUUGCUGCCGGUAGAUUGAUAAUUGAUAAUAUUGUAGAAUCGAUAGAAGACAGUCGUCAUGCACUUAUUGUGGUAUCCAAUAAUUUUGCACGCAGUGACUGGUGUCAGUUUGAAAUGACUCUGGCUCAGAAACAUGUUUUAAAUGAACUUAUGGAGCCGUUGGUCAUAGUGUUAUUGGAGGAUAUUAAGAUUGAGUAUAUGAGCAAGACAUUGAAAGCCUUACUUUCAACUACCACAUAUUUGACGUGGAAUGAGGAUCCAGAAGUAGCUGCUAUAUUCUGGGAAAAGCUGAGGCGUUCUCUCAGA